AAAAGAUGUCAAAAUGAUAGAGCUAACCCAUAAAACCUCCCUAUUCAUGGAAUAUUAUUUCACCCUCACAUUAGUACUAUGUCUGCCCAUUUUCUUCGUUCUCUUUCGCAGAUGGUCUUCCGUUAAUACCAAAAAUCAACCACCUUCUCCACCAAAGCUUCCUUUCCUUGGGAACCUUCACCUACUAGACUCACAUCCUCAUCGCUCACUUCAAGCCCUAGCUCAUCACCAUGGCCCCCUCAUGCUCCUCCAUUUCGGAAGUGUCCCAGUCCUCGUUGUCUCCUCGGCUGAGGCUGCACAUGAGGUCUUGAAAACACAUGAUCUCACAGUCGCCAGCAGACCAACGUGCACCGUCUUUAAGAAGCUUUUCUACAACUGCAAAGACAUGGCGUCUGCACCUUAUGGUGAGUAUUGGAGGCAGUUGAGGAGUAUAUGUGUUUUAAAUCUUUUGAGCACCAAAAUGGUUCGCUCUUUUCGUGCCGUGAGAGAAGAGGAAACAAAAUUCAUGAUCUCCAGGAUAGAACAAUCAUGUAUGUCCUCCUCUUCAAAGUCAUCAAUCGUGAAUUUAAGUGAAAAGCUUGUGACGCUUACUAUUGAUGUCACCUGUAGAGUGACUACGGGCAGGAAGUACAAUAGCAUCAUUGGGGAAGAUGGUAAAAUAGUAUUGUUUAAGGAUCUUUUAGGGGAGUUUAUUGAGAUAUUAGGAAGCGUCUACAUCGGAGACUAUAUCCCAUGGCUGGCUUGGUUAACUCGUGUCAAUGGUUUGGACUCUAAAUUAGACAAGGUGGCUAAACAGUUUGAUGGCCUUUUAGAUAGAGUGAUUCAAGAUCAUAUUGAGCAACGUUCCAAGAGUGGAAACAUUAAAGGGAAUAUGAAUCAUACGGAUGAUCAUGACGAGAAUGGCCAAAAGGACUUCGUGGACGUUUUACUUGGGAUUCAAGAAGACAGCUCAUCAUUCCCUAUUGAUAGAAUCACCGUGAAGGCUCUCAUCAUGGACAUGUUUUCGGCUGCAACUGAUUCAUCGUAUGCAGUUCUAGAGUGGACAAUGGCAGAGCUUUUAAAACAUCCAAGAGUAAUGAAAAAAUUGCAAAAUGAGGUCAGGGAAAUAGCUGGAAACAAAGUAGAGAUCACUGAGGAUGAUUUGAAUGGAAUGAAGUACUUGAAGGCUGUGAUCAAAGAAACUCUUCGCUUACAUCCUCCGUUUACUUUAUUAUUCAGGAUGUCAACUGAAGAUAAGAAAAUAAAGGGUUACAACAUUAAAGCCAACACUCAAAUUAUUGUUAACACAUGGCAGAUAGGAAGAGAUCCCAAAUCAUACAGCAACCCAGACAACUAUGAACCAGAAAGGUUCUUGAACAGUGAUGUAGAUUAUAUAGGGAAUCAUUUCGAAUUUAUUCCAUUUGGGGCUGGAAGGAGGAGAUGUCCCGGAAUUCAGUAUGCCGCUAUGGUUAGUGAGAUUGCUUUGGCAAAUUUGGUGUACCUGUUCGACUGGGCAGUCCCUGGUGGACUAGGGGUACAUGAUAUAGACAUGACUGAAUCCACUGGCUUUAUAACACAAAUGAAGUAUCCACUCAAAGCCGUUGCUAUCCCUUAUUUAGGAUGAAAAUAAAGUCAAGAUAUAUAGAGGAAUUAUAGUUGUUGCCUUCA